GUCAGGAGGAGAAAGUCAAACCACUGACAGUCCUGGUUUGGAUCUAACAAAGGUUGUGUGAUAGAUGGGGACGCUCAGAGGUCAAACUUUCAUAUUAACUGAUUAAAGAUGAGGCAAACUAUCAAAGCAGCACCAUGGAGCAGCAGAGGCCGAGAUAUCCUUUUACGCUCCCUAAACACUCCAUCCUACACCUCCAAUAAUGCACAUUAAAUAACUUUAAUCUUUAAUCUUUCAAUCAAUAUCUUUUCAUUGGAUGCUGUCACUUUGUCCACGCCAUCAUCAGGGUUAUUUUUUCUCCUACAGCUUUCUUUCGUGCGUCAGCCAGUAAACUGACCAUCACGUGUAAACUCUGUGAAAUGCCCCUUUAAGUCAGGCCAAACCUAAUGAGGUCACUUCAGCCUGAGUUUAGUUUCCCUCUGGCUGUUUCUCACUGUGUGUGUUGUACCAGGUUCAUGUGUGUGUGGAUGUCGAACCUGUGGACGCCGUGAUGCCCCUGGAGGUCAGAUGGCCGUUCCCACAGAGCCCUCCUUUGGCAUGGAGGAUCUCCAGCUCACUGGUCAUGGGCAUGGUGGGCUCCUAUUCCUACUUCUGGACCAAGUACAUGAACUACUUGACGGUCCACAACCAAGAGGUUUUGCUGGACCUGGUUGACCAGCGGCCCUCUGACACGCCUCUCAUCACUCUGUCCAAUCACCAGUCUUGUAUGGAUGAUCCACAUAUCUGGGGUGUACUAAAGUUCAGACAUUUGUGGACCUUCAACAAGAUGCGCUGGACUCCUGCAGCUUCUGACAUCUGCUUCACCAGAGAGCUGCACUCACGAUUCUUCAGCCGGGGGAAAUGUGUUCCUGUCUGCCGAGGCGAUGGCGUUUAUCAGAAAGGCAUGGACUUUGUUCUGGAGAAGCUGAACAGAGGAGAAUGGGUGCACAUCUUCCCAGAAGGCAAAGUCAACAUGACUGAAGAGUUUAUACGAUUAAAAUGGGGCGUGGGUCGGCUAAUAUCGGAGUGCUCCCUCAACCCGAUCAUCCUGCCGCUCUGGCAUGUGGGUUUGAGUGACGUCCUGCCAAACAUGAAGCCCUACGUUCCGCGGAUCGGCAAGAGAAUCACAGUCCUGGUGGGGAAGCCGUUCAGUGUCGGAGACCUUGUGGAAACCCUCCGAGCUGAAAACAAGAGCCAGUUGGAAAUGAGGAAGACGUUGACUGAUUUCAUCCAGGGGGAGUUUCAGAGUCUGAAAGCCCAGGCCGAGGCCCUCCAUGGCCAGAUACAGACCAAAUCCUGAGUCCCAGCCUGAUGACCCUUUACCCUAAACUCAGGGUAAUACCUCUACGACUGGACGCCCCCCCCACACACGACUGUCGUUUACCACUUGUGUUCUGGUAUCGUUUCCUUUUCUCUACCGGAUCACCCACACCACCACGCUGAGAUGUCGAGUCACGACAAGCUGUCAAACGUUUAGAGUAACGUUUUUCAGGGGUGUUGGGGGUCAGGAUCGCUGUCGAGGGUCAUUUCCAUUAAUGCUGAGGCGUCAUGUUUUUAUUUAAUACAGCAAAUGAAUUGUUUAGUUGCUGGAACAGACUCCAAUCCACUGCCACCCAAAACAGGACAAGUUUAGAAAAUAGAUUAAUGAACAAUGAAAUCAGUUAUUGCCAAUCAGUCUAAGUACCCGAUCAUUAAACUGGUUCAGAGGAGGGAAAGAACUGAACUGUAGCUUCCAGAUCAAAUUACCACGGUCGAUCAUCAGUGUUACUCAUCUAACUUGUUCAGCUGUGUUUUAGUUUUUAUUCCACUGAACCAUCGUGUGUCCUGCUAAUUAUGCCCAUAUUGGAUGAUUCCACGCCUCUCGAUUUACAUGCAGUGCCAAUGCAGGAAGUAGUGUGUCCUCCAUGUAGUGAAGAAGAAGAAGGUGGAGGUCUCGGUGGUGGCUGGGCGUCACGCAGCAGACCAGAGUCAGCCUCCCGCCACUGAACUGCAGUUAAUGUUCACGUUUUUCUUUACUGUAACCAUAAACACACAACUUUCCCAAACCUUAAACUCAACCGUAAAGUCUCCUUUGGUUACUGGUGAUAACAGCGAGUGUGGUUUAAUCCUGGUGUGUCUGUUUACAGCCAAACACUCUCAGGUUGCUUUAAUAAAGAACUCAAUCAUCAGCCUGCCAUUAACAACCACAAGCUGAUUUCACGCUCUGCACGGCACGAGUCGUUUUCCACGCGCCAGCAGGACACAAGAGCUGCUCACCUCGUUGAGUCGCAGGUGUGCAGCCUGUCACCUUCAGCUCUCUGAUAUUUAAAACCAUCUAAAAGUGACGAGUUUUGUUUUGUAGACACGUUUUUGAUGAGCGAAAGCUGUCCGCACGAACCUUGGUGACCAACGCAUUGUGUUUCCUUUGGCUGCUUCACAAUAAAAGCCCCCUGGUGUUCAGCCAUUUGAACACUUUUAAUGUGAAGCAGCAGCAGUGAGAGAUGUUAUUGCAGUAGUCCAGCUCUGAUCCGGCUGAAGUCCUCCUGCACAGGGAGGCAGUUUAAAUAAAGUUUAAACCACAACAAUGACAACUACUGUGGACAGAGGGAAUUACAGAAUGUGAAUACAUGAAAAUUAGGUUAGGAUUCUAAUUUAAACCAAGUGUUUUAAUUGCCUAACCCUAGCCAGACCCUAAUAUAACAACCAUCUUUCACUAACUUAAAGGAUAACUUCAGUUUUUUACAACCUGGACCUUAUUUGUAGCAUUAAAUACGA